GUUGCCUGGCGUUACGUUUCUUCCCUGACGUACCUUACUUGAGCCUCUGCAACCAUUCUCAACUUAAUCUUUCUCUCCCAUCAACUCAUCUGCAACUCCUCAUUCCAUCGCCUCGACAAGUCCGUCUUUUCAGCCUCACCCCUUCACUUUUCGCAUCAGACUCUUGUCUUACUGCGAUUUAAGGAACAACCGCCAACAUGAACCCUGAAUACGACUAUCUCUUCAAGCUCCUCCUCAUCGGAGACUCCGGUGUUGGAAAGUCUUGUCUUCUCCUGCGAUUCGCCGAUGACACCUACACCGAGUCCUACAUCUCUACCAUCGGUGUCGAUUUCAAAAUCCGAACAAUAGAGCUCGAUGGCAAGACCGUCAAGCUUCAGAUUUGGGAUACCGCCGGUCAGGAGCGUUUCCGAACCAUCACCUCUUCCUACUACCGUGGUGCCCACGGCAUCUGCGUCGUCUACGAUGUUACCGACAUGGACUCAUUCAACAACGUCAAGCAAUGGCUCCAGGAAAUUGACCGAUACGCCACUGAGGGUGUCAACAAGCUGCUGGUCGGCAACAAGAGCGAUAUGUCAGACAAGAAGGUCGUUGAGUACAGCGUAGCCAAGGAAUUCGCCGACAGCCUGGGAAUUCCUUUCCUUGAGACUUCGGCCAAGAAUGCCAGCAACGUUGAGCAGGCUUUCUUGACCAUGGCCCGCCAGAUCAAGGAGCGCAUGGGCACCACAACAGCCAACAACACCAAGCCCAGCGUGCAAGUCGGCCAAGGCCAGGGCGUCGGAUCCUCCUCCAACAACAGCUGCUGCUAAAUGCAUUAACGCUCUCCUUUCUCUUGGUGAAGCAGGAUGAUGGAGUACGGCCGGGACAAUGAACAACAUGCCAGGGACACGAUCGGACGAGUUCACUCACGAUAUUUGCUUUUUCCUUCUACUCUCUCCAUUUCUGCGCAUAGACCAGAUCAUGACCACUUGGA